AUGCGUCAUAGAGGACAAUCUCGCUCUUCUCUUUCAAUUGCUCAGCAGAGAUUCAUGUCGCAGUCAAUGGCUGCCAUAAGUCUCGAGCAGGCAAUGAUUUAUUAUGUCGGUGUUGAUGUUGGUACUGGUUCUGCAAGAGCUUGUAUCAUCGAUAACACAGGUAAUAUCUUAUCAUUGGCUGAAAAACCUAUCCAGAGAGAGGAAUUGAAGCCCAACUACAUUACACAAUCUUCCCAGGAAAUAUGGCAAUCGAUUUGUCACUGUGUUAAGUCUGUGGUGAGGGAUUCGGGAGUUCCUGUGGAGAGAAUUCAUGGUAUUGGGUUUGAUGCUACCUGUUCUCUUGUGGUAGUUGAUGACGAGGACAAGGAAGUCGGCGUAGGUCCUGUUUUUGCCAAUAACGACCAGAACAUUGUAUUAUGGAUGGACCACCGUGCUAUCGCGGAGACUAAUGAAAUUAAUGCUACUAAUGAUAAAUGUUUGAAAUACGUGGGUGGCCAGAUGUCUGUGGAGAUGGAAAUCCCAAAGAUUAAGUGGUUGAAGAACAAUUUACCAAAAGAACAAUUUGACAAAUGCAAAUUUUUUGACUUAGCAGAUUAUCUGACUUUUAAGGCUACAAAUAAAGACACUCGUUCAUUCUGUUCGACUGUGUGUAAGCAAGGUUUGAUACCUAUUGGUGUUGAGGGGUCUAAGGAAGGCUGGUCGAAGGACUUCUUGAAUACCAUUAACCUUCCUGAAUUAGUUGAAAACGUAUUUUGCCAAGAUCGGUGGCCUGCAACAGCCACUGCUGCAGAUGGCACUACACACAGUUUCCUCAGUGCCGGUGAAUACGUUGGUGCCUUGGAUGAAGAAGCCGCUGAAGAGUUGGGUCUACCAGUUCACUGUGUGGUCGGUUCAGGUGUUAUUGAUGCCUACGCCGGUUGGGUUGGUACGGUUGCAGCUCAAACCGAUGUCGAACUUCCUGAUCUCGCUGAAGCUGACAGGACAAAGAAAGGUAUCGAUAGAGCCACCGGUAGACUGGCUGCGGUCGCUGGUACUUCCACCUGCCACAUUGCUCUUUCUCGUGAUCCAGUGUUUGUGAACGGUGUCUGGGGUCCUUACAGAGACGUUAUGGCUCACGGUUUCUGGGCAGCUGAAGGUGGUCAAAGUUGUACCGGUGCUUUACUCGCUCACGUUAUGUCUACACAUCCAGCUUUCACUGAGUUAUCUCAUCUCUCUGAUGCUGCAAAUAUCUCCAAAUUCGACUAUUUGAAUUCCAGACUGGAAACUUUAGUUCAACAACGUGGUGACCGUUCAGUCGUCGCAUUGGCCAAACAUCUAUAUUUCUAUGGUGACUACCACGGUAAUAGAUCGCCAAUCGCCGAUCCUUCCAUGAGAGCAGCCAUCAUUGGUCAAUCCAUGGAUAACUCCAUCGAUGACUUGGCAAUCAUGUACUUGGGUGCAUGUGAGUUCAUCGCUCAGCAAACAAGACAAAUCGUUGAAAAGAUGUGUGACGCAGGUCACCAGAUUUCUACUAUUUUUAUGUCCGGUGGUCAAUGUAGAAAUGGUUUACUAAUGAGAUUGCUGGCAGACUGUACUGGCUUGCCAAUCAUCAUUCCAAGAUACAUUGAUGCUGCAGUGGUAUUUGGUUCGGCCCUACUGGGUGCAGUAGCCAGUGAAUCCUUCAACUCACAUCACGCCAAGUCCGAAAUUACAAGAAGAAGAAAGUCUUCCCUAACUAACUUGGACCCUUCAUCGCUACCUUCCGCGUCAGGUAAAGGACCACUGAGCCAACUAGGUAAGAUGAAGCCAGACUUACCUUCCCCAUACACAGCACCUCACGCUACGUCCAGUACCUCACAAAUCGCCGCCACAUCUGGUUCAUUCCCUUUCCCAGUAGUAGGGGAAUCUUCGGAAGCUAUUACUGAAGAGGCCAACGACAGUGAAGGACCUGUUAGCUUCAAACCAACGAGGGCUACCAGUCAAGAAGGCCUAGCCACCCGCAAUCCUCCUAACAAUGGAGACGCACUGUGGGACGUCAUGUACCAAAUGACCGGUGGUGGUAAAGUCGUCAGACCUUCCCCUGAGGAUGACCCAGAUCGUGUGCUAUUGAAUGCUAAAUACAAGAUUUUCCUCGACAUGGCGGACUCCCAAAGAAGAUACAGGGAAGCCAUUGAUAAGGUUGAAAAGGCUAUUGCCAAAUAA